AUGAUCACUUCGUUCUAUAACAAUACCAUGUUGUCGUCAUUUCAUUCAACUAUGUUGUUAAGUGGAGCUGAACAAGAAGCAAUCCGAGAAGGGCAAGGUCGUGUCAAUCAGCUAGGUGGUACAUUUAUCAAUGGAAGACCACUACCGCACGAAUUAAGAAUUAAAAUCAUCGAUUUGGCAUCACAAGGUAUUCGACCAUGUGUAAUCAGUCGACAACUUCGUAUAUCUCAUGGCUGUGUUAGUAAAAUCCUAGCUCGAUAUGCUGAAACUGGAAGUUUAAAGCCUGGUACUGUUCAUACAAGAAAACGUCGAGUACCAACCAAUGAGGAUAGCACGGAUUCGAGUGAAGAAAAAAAUAAUUCCUUGAAUGAAUCAUUAAGAAUAACACCAAAUGGUGCUGCACGACGAUACCGUACAAGUUUUAAUCAUGAACAAACACAAGAAUUAGAAACUUUAUUUCAGUCGACUCAUUAUCCAGAUGUGUCAACACGAGAUGAAUUAGCCAAGCGGAUGGGUUUAAAUGAAACACGUAUUCAAGUAUGGUUUAGUAAUCGUCGUGCUCGUCACAGAAAAGCGCAAUCGACGCAUCAACUGACUGACUCUUACCAUGAAAAUACCAAUGAGAAUAGCCCAAUUCAGCAUUCUCACAUGCUUUAUCCACCAAUACCACAAUCAAUGUUUAAUCCCGAUAUGAAACCGUAUUUCUCCUCCACUUCCUCUUGUUUAUCAUUAAGUGACCUUCCAGUCCAUUUGUCCUCUCCAUUUAAUGAUCUAACAACAAGCACAGCAAAUCUUCAGUCACACUUUUAUCCCACCACACCCUCGUAUAAUUAUUCAACGUCAUCAAAUUAUGGUUAUUUACCAUCGUAUUCUUCUUCUUGUCAUCUUGAUCCAUAUUAA